GAGGAUAAGCGGCUAAGAGAAAGGAUGGAUGGAUGGAUGGAUGAAAAGCUUGAUGGCUUUCAACAGCUUUGGCGCCUUCUGUGGCCUCAUAGUGCCAAGGAACUACUGUUUGUUGAGGGGUGUCAGAUAUUUGCAAAUUGGGCCGCGUCCCAAACCCUCGAUUGACGUUCUGAUUGGUCCCAGGCAGCGCACCCGAGCAGGAUGAGGAUCGUCAAGUGAACGCGGCAUCAGAAUGACGUCGUCAGUCCUCCUCCUCCUCCUCCUGGAUCUCUCCCUCUCGGAUCGGGUGUGGGCCUCCCACCAACAUUUCCACCCGCACUCCAUCAAGAUCCCGGGCGACAUCACCCUGGGCGGCCUGUUCCCCAUUCACGCCCGCGGACCCCACGGAUUGCCCUGCGGCGAGCUGAAGAAGGAGAAGGGGAUCCACCGCAUGGAAGCCAUGUUGUACGCCCUGGACCAGAUCAACAGCGACCCCGCGCUGCUGCCCAACAUCACGCUGGGCGCCCGCAUCCUGGACACGUGCUCCCGGGACACGUACGCCCUGGAGCAGUCGCUGACCUUCGUGCAGGCACUCAUCCAAAAGGACACGUCCGACAUCCGCUGCUCCGACGGACAACCGCCCGUCAUUCGGAAACCGGAACGUGUGGUGGCGGUGAUCGGCGCCUCCGCCAGCUCCGUGUCCAUCAUGGUGGCCAACAUCCUGCGCCUCUUUGAGAUCCCGCAGGUGAGCUACGCGUCGACCGCUCCAGAGCUGAGCGACAACAACCGCUACGACUUCUUCUCGCGAGUGGUCCCUCCGGACUCGUACCAGGCUCAGGCCAUGCUGGACAUCGUCAAAGCUCUGGGAUGGAACUACGUGUCUACGCUGGCCUCAGAGGGGAACUACGGCGAGAGCGGAGUUGAUGCCUUCAUGCAAAUCUCCAGGGAGGCUGGCGGCGUGUGUAUCGCCCAGUCGGUGAAGAUUCCCCGCGAGCCCACAGACGGCGAGUUUGACAAGAUUGUCAAUCGUUUGAUGGAGACCAGCAACGCCAGGGGGGUCAUCAUCUUUGCCAACGAGGACGACAUCAAACAGGUCCUGGAGGCUGCCAAGCGUGCCAACCUGACGGGGCACUUCCUGUUUGUGGGCUCCGAUAGCUGGGGAGCGAAGAGCUCACCCGUCAUGGAGCUGGAGGACAUCGCCGAGGGAGCCGUCACCAUCCUGCCCAAGCGGGCAUCCAUCGAUCGUUUUGAUCAGUAUUUCAUGUCUCGCUCUCUGGAGAACAACCGCAGAAACAUUUGGUUCAACGAGUUCUGGGAGGACGACUUCCGGUGCAAGCUGACCCGACCUGGAGUCGAAAUGGACCCCGGCAAGAAAAAAUGCACAGGCAAGGAGAGAAUCGGCCAGGACUCUCCGUACGAGCAGGAGGGCAAGGUCCAGUUUGUGAUCGACGCCGUGUACGCCGUCGCCUACGCCCUAGACAGCAUGCAGCGACAGCUCUGUGGCGACCAAUCCGACGGUGGCGUGUGCAGCGCCAUGGACCCCGUGGAGGGACGCUCCUUGCUCGACUACAUCCGAGACGUCAACUUCAACGGCAGUGCAGGCACCAGCGUCUUAUUCAACGAGAACGGCGACGCUCCGGGUCGUUACGACAUCUUCCAGUUUCAGAUGACCAACCACAGUCAUCCUGGCUACCACGUCAUUGGCCAGUGGACCAACAACCUGCGUCUCAAUGUGGAGGAGAUGCAGUGGUCUGGAGGAGAUAGGUCGCUACCAGAAUCCAUUUGCAGUUUGCCCUGUAAACCAGGAGAGAGGAAGAAGAUGGUCAAAGGGGUGCCGUGUUGUUGGCACUGUGAGCUCUGCGACGGCUACCAGUACCAAGUGGAUGAAUUUACCUGCGAGACGUGUCCGUCGGACAUGCGGCCAGUUCCCAACAGGACCACUUGUCGUCCGACGCCUAUCAUCAAACUGGAGUGGAACUCGCCUUGGGCCCUGGUGCCCGCCUCCCUUUCCAUGCUCGGGAUCCUGACGACAUCUGCGGUCAUCAUCACCUUCAUGCGUUUUAACAACACGCCUAUUGUCAGAGCUUCUGGACGAGAGCUCAGCUAUGUUUUACUGACAGGGAUCUUUUUGAUCUACUUGAUCACAUUCCUGAUGAUUGCCGAGCCCGGUGUGGUGGUGUGCGCAUUCCGGCGCCUCCUGCUGGGCCUGGGCAUGGCCAUCACGUACUCCGCCAUGUUGACCAAAACCAACCGCAUCUAUCGCAUCUUCGAGCAAGGCAAGCGCUCGGUGACGCCACCCAAGUUCAUCAGCCCCACCUCCCAACUGCUCAUCACCUUCAUCCUGGUCUCGGUCCAGGUGUUGGGCGUGUUUGUGUGGUUCGCCGUGGUGCCGCCUCACACCAUUGUUGACUACGACGAGCUGCGUCCCCCGAAUCCCGACCUGGCUAGAGGGAUCCUGAAAUGCGACAUGUCUGACCUGUCACUCAUCUGCUGCCUCAGCUACAGUAUCGUGCUGAUGGUGACCUGCACAGUGUACGCCGUGAAAAGCCGUGGAGUCCCGGAGACGUUUAACGAGGCAAAGCCCAUCGGGUUCACCAUGUACACCACCUGUAUCGUCUGGCUGGCCUUCAUACCCAUCUUCUUUGGUACGGCCCAAUCCACGGAAAAGAUGUUCAUCCAGACGGCGACUUUGACUGUGUCCAUGACCCUCAGUGCGUCCGUCUCGCUCGGGAUGCUCUACAUUCCCAAAGUGUACGUCAUCCUCUUCCAGCCCGAGCACAACAUCCAGAAGAGAAAGAGGAGCUUCAAGGGCGUUGUCCAGGCUGCUCAGUUGUCUCACAAAUCCCUCAAGGAGAAUCAGAAUGGAAGGAGCAAGUUUGAGCCUGACAGAACGCAGUAAACUCAAGGCAUACUUCAACAUGGCGUUGUUCGGCCAAUCCCUGCCCGCAUCCCGGUGACGUCACCGUGACGAUUGCGUGUUCGCUGGUCUGCAAAUGGUUCUACUUCAAAGUGGUGAUUGACCAAUGAUGAUGUCAUUCAAAAACCUGUCCAGGUUUCUUUCAACGGGAUUUGCCCGAGU